CUCCCCUCCCAGCUGGAGGCAAUGAUCUCCCCGGGUUAAAGGCAGCAGGUCCCAGCUCCUCUCUGCUCCCGGGGGAGGACGAGGCUGGAGGAGCCCUUAGAGAGGUUUUGCAGCCGCGGGAAGGUGUGUGAGCCCUGCACUGAGCGUGGGCAGCAGCGAUGGAGCCAGGACCCCCUGCCCUGCACCGCCCCUUAGCCCCUGCUGAGCCCCCGAAGGCAGCAGAGGGGUGUGCCAGGCAGAGCCUCCGCUGCCUCCGCCUCCACCGGCAGAAGAAGAAAGUGGCUUAUUCUGCCCACAUCUGCAAGCUCCUCAACCGGAGAUGUUCCACUGGGGAUUCCUGCCUGGUGCCAUCCGUGCUGGCCUGGCUGGGCAGCCCCCAGCUCCUCGGGGAUGUGGCCCUGGAGGCUUCACGGCUGUCGCACUACGGCAGGAGGAGCCACCUUGGCCACCGUGAAGUCCUGCUGGCCGCCAAGCUGGUGCUGCUGCGUGAGCUCUACAAGCCUCCUCCGGGAUCCUGAGCCAUCAGCUGAGGCACCACGGGACAGUCUUUGUAGCGUUUUAAUGUGGUUUUGAGAAAUAAAGUAUUUUUUUGGCACUGUUCAA